AUGUACUCCGUAUCUCGUUCCCUCCCGAAAUCUGACAUUACAAAGGGGGCGGCGAAAACGUCGAAAGCUCUCGAAAAGAAGGCCGAGGCGGAGAGGAAGAAGGCCGAAAGGCUUAGGUUAAAGGCAGAGAAAGAUGCUGCUAAAGCCGCUGAGAAAGCUCACGCAAAAGCUGUGAAAACGGUCAACAAGCUGAUUUCGAGCAAGAAGGACACGUUGCCGGAUAUGUUCGUCGAAACGAUAGUCGACAAGUCCGGCAAGCCAGGAGCACGAGAUUGGCCAAUACGUGUCGUCGAUGAGCUAGACCCGCCUAACAGCAUUUGCUGGACAAGACGCGUUAAAUCGCGGUACGACGAGGGCACCAGGCAGUUCGUGCCGUUAGACGAGCCGCUUAGCGUAAUCGAGAAUGCGCGCCUGCUGUAUCUACAGAAAGAACAUCUCCAGAACGGCUUAAAGAGCGGAAGGCUCGAACAAACGGUGCAGCGCCUGCGAGACGAACUUGGGCCCAAGGCACUGCUGUUCGCUAUGAUCGAUGGGGGCGGCCGAUCCAAGGAGACAGAACGCCAGCUGACGAUGAGGAUGAUGAAGUACCAGCUUAAUGUCAUUCGUGUGGAUGGGUACCAGGAUGCUGCAACAUGGCUCUAUGACAUGACUGCUGAUUUGGGAUACAAGCCGUACAGACUACUGGAGAAGUCACAUCUCCCGAACAUCGGGGACACAAACAUCGACGCAGGAGCUAACUCGCGGGAUACCUGGUACAAGAUGCUACUCCAAGUGCCGCGCAUGACCGAGUCGGCCGCACAGGGUAUAAUGAAGGAGUAUCCAACAUUUCAUUCCCUCAUGUCGACAUAUCAGUUGGCCGGAUGGCAAGGGGAGAGAUUACUGGAGAAUAUAUUGAUCACAAAACGAAAAGAUGGAAUGGAUCGACAACGCCAACGCCUGGGUGGGAGACUGUCGAAUCGUGUUUGGAGAUCGCUGACUUCAGAGGACCCGGACGAACAUUUGGCGCAGUUUGGACAAGGUGCUGGAAUCGAUGAUGACGAUGACUAG